AUGGCGCUGCGUGCAGGGCUAACGUCUCGGCAGACUUCGAGCCAGCUUUCCAAGUCAACGCAACACUACCAAGCACGCCCAGACAUGUCAGAUCUGCACACACUGCAAGCAGGUGUACUGGACGAGUGUGCACGUGGCGAUGUUCUCGCAUGGUCGAAGCGCACCCUUGCGGCCUUCGAGGCGUUCGGCAUGCCACGCGAACUAAUCCGCAAACAAGCUCUCCAGCCACGUCCACGAACCAUCGUACGCGCAACGACACAUGAUGUGUUGCGCCUGUGCAACGAUGCCCAAGAAAAUGUCUCUCGGCAUCUCUUGGUUGGCGAGCCAGGGUGUGGCAAGUCCAUGUACCUGUUGCAAGCGGUUGCUCAUGCUUUGGAAUCCGGAUGGGCUGUUCUGUAUGUGCCACGAUGCAUCGACCUUAUCAACUCUUCGUCGGCCUACAUGUACUCACCGUCCUUCGCUACGUACUUGCAGCCCGACAUCGCAGCACACAUGUUGCAAGCGCUUUUGAAAGUGAAUGGCGAGAUUCUCCGCCGCAUCGAGACAGAAGGUAUCCAAGUCGAGGGCACAACUGUGCCCAAAGGCUCGCUAGAGCAGGUUGUCCAGCGCGCUCUUGCCGAGGACAACGCACACUUACGGCAGCUGUCAUUGGAGCAUGUGAUCCGCACGCUUGCGGCACAAAAGGAUGUGCCAUUCCUGGUGGCCUUGGACGAUAUCCAAGCCUUUUUCAUGACAUCCAAGUAUAGAGACCCAGAUUUCGUGCCCUUGGAGGCAUAUGAGCUGGCUGUGCCUCGUGCGUUGUUGGAGCUCGUUCUUGCGCCACCCAAAGACAAGGAGUCUGGUCUCCAGCGUGGGGCUGUUCUUACCGCUCUGAGCUCAACCCACGCCGAGUUCCCUCCUUCCACAGAACUUCUCAAGGCUUUGCAAGCAUCCACUUCCAUACCAGAUGCACCUGUGCCAUGGCCGCGUCUGUUCUCUACCGUGUCAUGUCGUGGCUCGGCCACGCGCGUGCCUGAGCCGCAUGCGUACUCCAAGGUGCACGAUACCCAUCUUGCCUUCGCACAAGCUAGCGCUUUCCAGCCUGUGGAUGUGGGCCAACGUCUCGAUCGUACGGAAGCAGCAUCUCUUCUGGAUCUCUUACACCGCGAACGUGCGAUUUGGACUGUGCCCAAUGACGAGGGUGUUUAUUGGCCGAAGCUGGUCGAGAGCCAUGGGAAAUAUUGCUUUCCUUUUGAAAAGAGCUGGCGCUCAACGGCUCAUGUAGUCGCUUACAAAAUCGUAGCCCACUCACCUUCACCCUCAGCCCUCACCGUUCACCAACCCCCCAUCCCCCCGCCUGACGUUUCCAUAGCUGUCUCUUGGCUUGCUCCUUCUCUGUGCGCUCUCGCUCAUUGUGCCAGCUGCUUGCCUCAGUGA